AUGCAGGAGACGUGGGGUGGGGGAGAACUUGCUGAACAAGACUGCUACGGAGGCAAUUGUGGUUGUUGGGGUGGAGGUGAGGAUGGACAGUGUAGAGACUUCUUCGAUUUCAGGCAUUGCCAAACCAAUGAAUGCAUCAGUGGACCUUUUCGCGGUUACGAUUGCACAGACGGUGGCAAAUGUCAAGUUGUCUGUCGCGAUGACAUUUGUCAUGUCGUUAAGACGGGUGAUGGGGUGAAUGGAACGACAUUGGUCGCGCAACAACCACCGAAUCGUAAGGAUUCAGUCGUCUUAAGCAGCAGAUUUGCCAUCAAAGCCACCGACCCCAAUGCAGACACUUUAAAUGCCCUACAAGCAACAAUAAACGGAAUCACCGAUCAUCUAUCCAGUCUCAAUCCCCAUGAAUUACAACAUUUUAUUGAAUCAACAUCAAACAUUGAUGAAAUGAUUACUCUCCUUGGAAAAGAAGUGAUUAAAGUCAUCAUUUCCAAAGUACCAACACUGACGUAUGUGCUGCCAAAAUUGGAACUGCAAACCAUUGAUCGAAUCCUCCUACACCUGCGUGACAAAACACUGAAUUACUGGCAAAUUGUGGACCACAAUUGGAGCGAUUACGAUAAAACUGACAGCAGUUGGCCAAAUUGGAAAGAAGGAAUGGCUCCUGCCAACAGAGUGCCCGUUCACUCCGUCAGAAUCCAACCGAUGAGCGCACUCAGAGACGCAUACAAAUACGAUCUCGACAUACCCGAAUGGUCUGACAAAAUGCUCACACCUGAGGCCUCGAAUGUGCUCAGCUGCGAUAAUUCAACAGGAUUGUGCAAGCAUUUGGACAGUGGAUGGUCAAAGGUGGGUAACGAAAUGGGUUCUGUUGAUGAAGUGUCUGUUCUGCCUGACAGAGUUGAUGCUACUCCUGCUUUUCUAAUGGUGGCACCUGGAGACAGAGACGCAUAUCGUCCGUACUGGACUGAGGCGUUUGACAAAGCGUCCACACCUGAGGCUUUGGAGGUGCUGAAAUGCGACAAAUUGACAGGACUGUGCAGACAUUUGGAGAGUGAUCAGUCAAAACCGAGUAAAGAAAAGGACGGUGUUGCUCGAAUGUCUCUCCUCCCUAUGCGAAUCGCUUCUGCUCUUACGUUUCCGAUGACAGUACCCGGAGACAUGAACGUAGGCGAUUCCGACAUCCCCCAAACGUCAAUACCUGAGGCCUCGGAGAUGCUGAAAUUUAACAGUGACCGGUCAAAAAUGCGUGAAAGCAUCGAUCCUGUAGAAGACGUUCCUGUUCAGCCUCUGAAAAUCAGUGCUUCUCCUAUGCAUCCGUUGAUGCAACAACUUCACCCAUUGAUGUCUCUCCUUUCAAGUCAAAGACCGCCUGGUGAUUCUCAAUUCCAAAUACCUGGUCUUCCAAAGUGGUACUUGAAUGUGGAAGAGGAUGACUUCCAAAAAAGGCUUAAAGAUAUGCCCAGUGUGAAUGAACUGUUGAUAUUUGUGGAUCCAAUGGUUCUUCAUUCCGUCCUUCGGACACUACCCGGACUGGGUGGGUUGUUUGCUGGAAUAGAUCCUAAUGCACUAACAUCAAUGCUUCAUCGGUUUCCUAGACUUAACGAGGUUCUAGCAAAUGCAGAUGCAGAUGCCUUCAAAAUGUUGAUUUCCAAUGUGGCCAAUGCAAGUGACAGUAUGGAUGGACUCGACUCCACCCUUGAACACUUUAGGAUGUCCAAUGAUCCCCAACACGACUCCACGGUGGUUGAUGCAGAGCCCUCAGUGCUAACUCCUUCAGAUGAGAUGGAGGAUCCAUCCAGUCCUGUUGAUCAACAGUUACUGCAAACAAUAAUUUCAAGCAUGCCAAACAUUCCUCCAAUGUAUGCCGACGCUCUGGUAGACAUCGAUCCCUAUUUGGUUAGAUACAUAAUUGAGAAUCACCAAAACCGUCACAGCCUGCUGGACAACAUGAGCCAACACACCAUUCAAUUCGUAAUUGACAAUGUGCCUAACUUUGAUGAAACUCUCUCUUCUCUGCCUCCAAGCACAUUACAAGUCGUCUUCGACAAAGUGCCCAAUGCUGUGAGGUAUCUUGAAACCAUGGAUGCCGACACUGCUCGAACUAUUAUGGCCAAAUUGCCCUACCUCUACCAAUAUGCAUCCCCAACUCUAAGUGAUUUGCUGCAAAGGCCACCGUCUUUGGAGGUGAUGGAAAUAAAGGAGGCGGAGGAGGCGACAGAGGAAAGAGAACAAAAACCUGUUGCACUUGAAGCCUCAACGCUCACAGAAGAAGAACUUGAAAUGUUAACGUCGAAAGUACACUUCACCGAUAAAAUGCUGAAGUAUGUCAAUCCCAAGAAAUUGGCUGCUCUACGUACUCUCAUGUCCGACUUUCCCACACGCUUGACCAACGUGGAACCAACGAAGAUGCGCACAAUACAUUCACAUCUAUUAAAAGUGAUGGAACAAAUGAAUAAAACAAACAAUGGGCAAGUUUUGGUGGAUCGCAACACUGCCAAACACGUGGCUGUUAAUGCGUCUGCUCAGACAAUGCCUUCAACGUAG